AUGGCUAAUAUCGAUGAAGUUGCCAUGGGAAAAUGGAAGAAGAGGAUACGAGACGAUACCGGCCCAGGACUAGUGCAACCCGUGAUUCCCGCGACAGCCACUUUCGAGCUAAAGGGCCACAUACUUGCUCAACUUAAGGAGAUUCCCUUCUAUGGGAAAGAUCAUGAAGACGCUUACAAGCAUUUAGAUGAGGUCAACGAUGUAGCCGAUUACUUCAAUGUUCCGAAUGUGCCUUGUGAAACCGUUUUGCUUUGUAUGCUUCCCGUCACGUUCAAAGGUGCUGUAAAUGAUUGGAUGAAGUCACUCCCUCCCGGAUCCAUCACUACAUGGGCUAAGAUGAAAGAAGAAUUUAUCGAUCAGUUUUGCCCUCCCUCAAAGAUAGCCAAAUUGAAGAAAGCUAUUGCCAACUUUGAACAACAAGUUGGAGAAUGCUUAUAUGAGGCAUGGGAGAGAUACAAAGGCUUACUAAGAAACUGCCCGCAUCAUGAUCUAAAUAGUCAACAAGAAGUAUCCAUUUUCUAUGAUGGAGUGAAUGUGACCACAAGGCAACUUCUUGGUUCGCAAGGACCUCUCACAAAGAAGCCACCCCCAAAAAUCAAAGAGUUAAUUGAAGAAUUCUCUAAGCAUUCUAGAGAAUAUCAUAACCCAAGGAAUAAGCUAAGUCGGGGGGUGGUGAACACUGUUAACGAUAGCAUGGCGGCAAUGAUGGCUAAACUAGAGUGUUUAGAUCGAAGAAUGACUAAGAUGGACCAAUCCAUCCAUGCUAUCCGGGUAGGAUGUGAGAAUUGUAGAGGACCUCACCUCACUAAAGAUUGUGAUUUGGAUGAGAAUGGGAAACGGAAAGCACAAGUUUGCUAUUCAAGCGGUGAUAGAUAUGAUGAUAAUUGGCAGAAACCCAAGAAGGAAUGGCUCCCGUAUGAUGAGUACAAAAAGGCAAAGGAGGAGAAAUACAAGCAAAAAGAAAGGGGUUUCUAUCAAAAGGAGGAACCGGUUAUUGAAAAGAAAGUUGAUUUGGAAGAAAUUUUCACAAGGUUUCUAACUUCAUCCGAGAAGAGGCAUAAUGAUACCGACAUUGAAUUGAAGGAGCAACGAAUAAUGCUUAAAGAUCAUCAAGCUAUGAUGAAAGAUCAACAAAAUUUGCUUAGGAAUCAGCAAGCCUCUAUUCAUAAAAUUGAGAAACAGCUAGGUCAGCUUGCACAACAAAUUAGUCAAAGAACAUCUGGUGAACUUCUUAGUAAUACCGAACAAAAUCCAAGAAUGGCACAUCUAAAUGUAAUAACCACUGAUUCUGAAAAAAAAAUUUCACUCCUCUGA